AUGCCCUGGGCCCUCCGCAUGGCACAAAGGCCCGGCAAGCUCAGAGGUUGCUUCAUGUGCAACAUCGUUCGCAUGGGGCAUGCCUUGUCGGAGCUCCAGUUCUUCAAGUUUGACCCGCAUCAAUGGCUGGAAGAGGUGAACGGCGAGAAGUGCUUGGAGUGGGCCAAAGAGCGCAAUGAGAAGACCUUUCAGAAAUUCGGGCAGCCAGACAAGACCAAACUGUACCGGAACAUCUUGGACAUUUUGGAAAGCAAGGACAAAAUCGCGUACGUGGAAAAGAUCGGAGACUUCUAUUACAACUUUUGGCAGGACGCCAACCAUGUGAAGGGGAUUUGGAGGCGCUGCACGCUGGAGGAGUAUAGGAAGUCAGCAGCAGACAUCAACUGGGAGCUGGUGCUGGACUUGGAUGAGUUGAGCAAGGCAGAAGGGCAGACCUGGGUGUGGCACCGGCCGACGUUCAUCAACCUUGGCCCAGAGGAGAAGCACGACAUUUGCCUGCUGUCGCUUUCACCCGGCGGCAGCGAUGCCGAGGUGAUCCGGGAGUUUAACGUUGACAAGAAGGCCUUUGUGCCACCGGAGGAAGGCGGAUUCACGAUCAAGGAGUGCAAGACAAAUGUGUCCUACAAGUCCCGUGACGUUGUGCUUGUGGGGACGGAUACUGGCGCAGCCAACGACAUGACUGACUCUGGCUAUCCUGCCCAAGUGCGGGAGUGGAAGCGCGGUACUGCUCUUGCUGACGCGCCGAUCGUGUACCAGGUGGAGAAAUCAGACAUUGUAGGAUACGCCUCGCGCUACUAUGACCGCGGAAUUAUACACGAGUCUCGUGGGCGUGCCAUCACAUUUUUCACCUCAGAGCACGUGUACCUGCAUGAUGGGGAGUGGAAGAAGCUGGAUGUGCCUGAUGACAUGAACGUGUCGACCUUCUGUGACAGGUUCCAGUUCCAGCUGCGCAGUGACUGGCAGGUGGAGGGCCAAAGCUUUACUCAAGGAUCGCUGCUCUCGAUCCCCAUGGCCGCAUUUUUCAGAGGAGAGCUGUCAAAGCUGGAGGUGCUGUUUGCCCCCUCAGCCUCAGAAUCCUUGGAAGACACCACGGGCACCAAGAAUUUCCUGAUCCUGAGCAUCCUGGAAGAUGUAAAGAUCAAGUUGGUGUUCUGGGAGUACAAAGCUGGCUCCUGGGUGCAGCGGGGGGUGGAGAAAGGCUUGGGCACAGAGAGCGUGUCCCUGUCCAGCGUUCAGGCGGGCGAAGUGGGCUGGGUUUUGGGGCUUGGUGUUUCGAACUGA